AUGUGUCCCGCAGCCUUCAGCAACUUCUUGCUGCUCGUGUCCUCCCUUCUCUUCGCGGGGCUGUCAGCUGUUCCUCAGAGCUUCUCGCCAUCUCUGAGGAGCGGGACUGGUGCCGCGUGCAGGCUGACCCGGGCUGAGUCGGAGCGCCGCUGCCGGGCGCCCAGGCAGCCCCCAGGGGGCGCUCUGUGUCACGGCCGCGGCCGGUGCGACUGCGGGGUCUGCAUUUGCCACGUGUCGGAGCCCGGCGUGUACUUCGGGCCCCUGUGUGAGUGCCACGACUGGGUGUGCGAGACCUACGACGGGAGCAUCUGCGCAGGCCAUGGUAAGUGUGACUGUGGCAAGUGCAAAUGUCAGGAAGGUUGGUUUGGGAAUGCGUGCCAGUACCCAACUCACUGUGACCUGACGAAGAAAAAGAGUAACCAGAUGUGCAAGAAUUCUCAAGAUGUCAUCUGCUCUAAUGCAGGCACAUGUCACUGUGGCAGGUGUAAGUGUGAUAAUCCAGAUGGAAACGGCCUCGUUUAUGGUAAAUUUUGUGAGUGUGAUGAUAGAGAAUGCAUAGAUGAUGAAACAGAAGAAAUAUGUGGAGGCCAUGGAAAGUGUUACUGUGGAAACUGUUACUGCGGGGCUGGUUGGCAUGGAGAUAAAUGUGAACUCCAGUGUGAUAUCAGCCCCUGGGAGAGCAAGCGAAGAUGUACAUCUCCAGAUGGCAAGAUCUGCAGCAACAGAGGGACUUGUGUGUGUGGCGAGUGUUCUUGCCACGAUGUUGACCCAACUGGAGACUGGGGAGAUAUUCAUGGGGACACCUGUGAGUGUGACGAGAGGGACUGUAGGGCUGUCUAUGACAGAUAUUCCGAUGACUUCUGUUCAGGUCACGGGCAGUGUAAUUGUGGAAGAUGUGACUGCAAGGUAGGCUGGUAUGGGAGGAAGUGUGAGCACCCACGUUCCUGCCCACUUUCUGCGGAGGAGAGCAUCAGGAAGUGCCAAGGAAGCUCUGCUCUGCCUUGCUCCGGAAGGGGUAAAUGCGAGUGCGGCAAGUGCACCUGCUACCCUCCGGGGGACCGCAGGGUGUAUGGGAAAACGUGCGAGUGUGACGACCGCCGCUGUGAAAGCCUGGACGGCGUCGUCUGUGGGGGUCACGGAACGUGCUCCUGCGGUCGCUGCGUGUGUGAGAGAGGCUGGUUCGGGACGCUCUGCCAGCACCCGCGCAAGUGCAACAUGACGGAGGAGCAAAGCAAGAGCUUGUGUGAAUCAGCAGAUGGCAUAUUGUGCUCGGGGAAGGGUUCUUGCCACUGUGGAAAGUGCAUUUGCUCUGCGGAAGAGUGGUACAUUUCGGGAGAACUCUGUGACUGUGACGACAGGGACUGUGACAAGCACGACGGCCUCAUUUGCACAGGGAAUGGAAUCUGUAACUGCGGGAACUGUGAGUGCUGGGACGGGUGGAACGGAAAUGCAUGCGAAAUAUGGCUUGGCACGGAGUAUCCUUAA